CUUCAAAAACUUGGAAUGAUUUCAAAUCAUAGGCACCUUCACUUAACCCGAGCUCCCAUUCAUCAGCAAACACAUCGGAUCGAUGCUACUCUAACCUAUCGGGUUCCCGUACCACGCAUUCAGGCUUGAAGAUGCAGUGGACACCGGAGCAUGCCCAGUGGCCAGAACAGCACUUUGACAUCACCUCGACCACCCGGUCUCCCGCCCACAAAGUGGAAGCCUACCGCGGCCACCUGCAACGCACCUAUCAGUACGCCUGGGCCAACGACGACAUCUCCGCCCUGACGGCCUCCAACCUGCUGAAGAAGUACGCGGAGAAGUACUCGGGCAUCCUGGAAGGCCCGGUCGAGAGGCCCGUGCUCGGGAGCUACUCCGAGAGCCCCCAGGGACUGGUGAACGGCCGGAAGACCGAGAGCGAACCGUGGCAGCCUCCUCUGAACUCGGAGGGCGUCUACCCGCUGAACUGCGUGCCCGACGUCAUUUCGGCCGGCAAAGCCGGGGUGAGCUCGGCCCUCCCCCCGGCGGACGUCUCGGCCAGCAUCGGGAGUCCCCCCGGGGUGGCCGCCAAUCUGAGCGAACCUAGCUAUUCCAACAGUACCUGUGGCGGCCACCCGGUCCCCGGUCUCCAUUCGGGGCUCCCAUCUCAGGAAUACGCCGCGGGGUACAACGGCUCUUAUUUGCAUUCGACAUACGGCGGCCAGCCGGCCCCUGCCCUCUCCUCCCCACACCCGUCCCCCUUGCACAGCUCCGGGCUGCUGCAGCCCCCGCCGCCGCCACCCCCGGCCCUGGUCCCGGGCUACAACGGGACGUCGAACCUCUCCGGGUACGGCUACGGCGCGGCCGGGUACCCGGCCCAGGCGGCCGUGGGCCCCGGGUACAGCCCUGGCGGGGCGCCGCCCCCGCCACCUUCGGCCUACCUGCCUUCAGGAAUCCCCGCCCCGACCCCGCUGCCGCCCACCACCGUCCCCAGCUACACCUACCAGACCCACGGCCUGGCCCCCAUCGCCCCUUCCGCGCUGACCAACAGUUCGGCCAGCUCGCUGAAGAGGAAGGCCUUCUACAUGGCCGGGCAAGGAGACAUGGACUCCGGCUACGGCGGCUACGGCUACGGCCAGCAGCGGUCCGCCCAGAGCCCCAUGUACCGGCUGCCCGACAACGGCCUGGCGUCCGCCGGCCGCGGGAACGGCUUCGACCGAGGCGCCGAAGGCUCGUCCCUGGCGUUCAAGCCCACCAAGCAACUGAUGCCCGCCGAGCAGCCGAGGAAGUUCGGCGGCCAGUCCGGCCGGGCCCUGACGCCCCCGGCCUACGGCGCGCCGAAGGGCGCCCUGGGGUCCAGGGCCGGAGACUCCUUCGGCAAGUACGGCUCCCCGGCCGUGAGCGACCCCGGGGAGGAGCACAGGCAGGCCCUUGCCCGGCCGCUGCAGGGGCCGGGGCUCCACCCCGCUACCUCAUCCGGCCACCCCGCGGACGAGCAGCUGAAGAACACGGACACGCACCUCCUGGACCUGGUCACCAACGAGAUCAUCAACCCGGGGCCGCCGGUGGACUGGAGCGACCUGGCCGGCCUGGACCUGGCCAAGGCGGUCAUCAAGGACGAGGUGCUGUGGCCCGUGCUGCGGUCGGACGCCUUCAGCGGCCUGGCGGCCCCGCCCAGGAGCCUCCUCUUGUUCGGCCCUCGGGGGACGGGCAAGACCCUCCUGGGCCGGUGUAUAGCCAGUCAGCUCGGGGCCACCUUUUUCAAAAUCGCCGGCUCCGGCCUCGUCACCAAGUGGCUGGGGGAGGGGGAGAAGGUGGUCCACGCCUCCUUUCUCGUGGCCCGGUGUCGCCAGCCCGCGGUGAUUUUCGUCAGUGACAUCGAGAUGCUCCUGUCCUCGCCGGUGAGCGAGGAGCACGGUCCGGUGAGUCGAAUGAGAACCGAGUUCCUUAUGCAGCUGGACACCGUGCUGACUUCCGCCGAGGACCAAAUCUUAGUCAUCUGCGCCACGAGCAAGCCGGAGGAGAUCGACGAGUCCCUGCGGAGGUACUUCAUGAAGCGGCUGUUGAUCCCGCUUCCCGACGGCACCGCCAGGCACCAGAUCAUCGUCCAGCUGCUCUCACAGCACAAUUACUGUCUCAACGACAAGGAGCUGGCUCUGCUCGUCCAGCGCACGGACGGCUUCUCGGGACUGGACGUGGCUCACUUGUGUCAGGAAGCCGUGGUCGGCCCGCUCCACGCCCUGCCGGCCACAGACCUUUCCGCCAUCCUCCCCAGCCCGUUGAGGCCGGUCACGUAUCAAGACUUUGAAAAUGCUUUCUGCAAGAUCCAGCCGAGCAUAUCUCAAAAAGAGCUUGAUACGUACAUUGAGUGGAACAAAAUGUUUGGUUGCAGUCAGUGA